AUGCUUGACACCUUGACUCCGUCAGGCGAGGCUCAGUUUCGUUGGACCGUUUUUGUGCGCUCAGCAGGCUCUCUUCAAUUAACAGACAGAAGUGUUAUCAAUAAGGUUGUUUUCGAACUUCACCCAGACUUUGCCAACCCUAAACGUGCAAUAAAGGAACCUCCAUUUGAAGUAACGGAAACCGGAUAUGCUGGUUUUGUUAUCCCGAUCCAAAUUUCAUUCACCGGUGUUUCUAAAACUUAUAAGCUGAUGUAUGAUAUGAAUCUAGUACUAGAAAAACAGUCAAAGCACUGUGUUGAGCAACUUCUCUUGAUUAAACAGCCAUCCAAUGAGUUUUACGAGUUGGCUAUGAAGUAUGGAGCAAGGGUUAAGAAAGAGAAAAAAAAGAAAGAUAAGUAUAAUUCCAAGCGGGAAUAUGAAGAGGAUAACGAUCAGCUCCAAAAAGAUAGUUUAAACGAAAGACAGGCAAAGAAAAAAAGAAAUGCCUAUUUGGACGACGACAAUGACAAGACUGAUAAAAAUAGAAAUUCUUAUAAUGGCAGCAGACGAAAUAGCCCAUCAAGUGAUUUGUCGAAGAGCUCGAUCAAUGGCAGAAGUAGUCCAGCUAUUGAACGAUUGAAGAAUUCAGCUGUAUCAAGAUCAAGUCCAGCGAAAGACCGUCCGAAAAGCGCGUUGAAUAAUCACCCUUCUCCAUCAGUCGAGAGGUCAAGAACUACGAAUAAAACUACUCCGCCCGUGGAGAGGCCAAGGAGUGCUCCUAAGGAAAAGUUAACCUCGCCGAAUGAACGUCCCAAAGGUGCUGUUACUGAAAAGCUUAGUCCUCCUAGUGAUUCAUCGAGGAACUCUGGUGAUGACCAAUCACCUCCACCCAAAAAAAGAAAGCACGAACUAUCCGUUGAUACCCUUUUAUCUGUACAAAAGAGUUUAAUGGACAUUGGGGAUCCGGAAAGGAUGUUUGCCGUUGUGGAUGCUAUAUUCUCAUCGUCAGAGUGGCCUGUUGCCAGUCUUGAGUACUCGGAGGACACAAAAAUACUCAGUUUUGAUUUAUUUUCCUUAGAUCCAGCUUUGAUCUUGAAGCUUGAAGAACUUUGCCGUAGAUAA